AUGGUGUUGGAAACUUUACUUUCUGUCACAGUACACAUCUUCAGAUCUUUUCUCGAGAAGAUCAUUUUCCAUCAUGGCGGUAACAGUCGCGGUCGUGAACUAGGAUGUCCUGAGCCGCCAAGUCGUGAGCCACUACCUGCAUCAUUUGCUGCUCCACCACCUGCUGUUCCUCCACCUGCUGCAUCUACUGCUCCACCACCUGCUGCAUCUCCUCCACCACCUGCUGCAUCUGCUGCUCGACUACCUGCUGCAUCUGCUGCUCCACCACCUGCUGCAUCUCCUCCACCACUUGAGCAACGAGGUCCUGUGGUCAAAAUUUCUGCUGCGUUGCUACCGCCUCGUCGUCGAUUUCGUCCUAGUGAAAUUCAGGUAAAUACAUUUUCAUUUCCCGAGAAAUAG